UAUUUGGUCCCCGCCAUUAAACACAAAGGAAAGACGAAUACCCACUCGGCAAUUUCCGUGGAAACUGUUUCGCGGACGGCGGUGUCACUCAACACCUAGAUCCUACAACCAAGAUUUAGUCCGAACCUACCUUUCACUUCGCCACCGAAUAUGCCUCCAGUAUAGUAAAAAACGUUUAAUGUUUGGUCAAAUCAACCUGCCCCGUCCUUCAAACACUAUUUUGCAGACAAACUUUUGAGCGACCUGUCUGUUCAUUAUCAGUCAUGGAUGAUGAUGACAGCCCAGAUGAACUGAUAAACCACCGUAGAUGCCGCAAAAGAACUGUGCCACAGGAAAUUUCAGACUCUGAUGAUGAGAUUGAUGGGUCAGAAGAGGAUGAAUCAGGUGGCAGUGACGAAGAGGAGGGAGAAGAAAAUGAUGAGGAAUAUGAUGAGGAUGAAGAAGAAGAAUCUGAAGUUGAGGAUGCUGUUUUAGGCGCCGUCACAGCAAUGAGCUCAGACGAGGAUGCAGAUAAAUGUCCCAUCUGCUUGAACACCUUCAGCAACCAACCUGUGGCAACACCAGAGAACUGUGAGCACUACUUUUGCCUCGACUGCAUCCUUGCUUGGGCCAAGAAUGCAAACUCAUGCCCUGUGGACCGUAUUGCUUUCAACAGCAUUUCCCUCAGGAAGUCAUAUGGUGGUAAAGUGCAGAAAAUUAUUACAGUACAAAAACCAUUGAAGGAAGAUGAAGAGGUGGCUGUGGAUUUAGAAUUGGAGCUGACCAAUUGCGAGGUGUGUCAGGGUAGUGAUAGGGAGGACCGUCUUCUGCUCUGCGAUGGCUGUGAUGCUGGCUACCACAUGGAAUGUCUCACACCACCACUGGACACUGUUCCUGUUGAAGAAUGGUUCUGUCCUGAAUGUGUCACUAAUAACCACUCUGGAGAAGAAAAUCGAACCCAAAGCCUCCCUUCUACUGCCCAGCCAACCACCAGUCGUUCACAGUCCCGAACUGCAGGUCCUACACGAGCCAUCGCUCGCACUCAGCACAGUGAGCGGGUUCGAGCCAAUGUGAAUCGACAUCGCAUCACGCAGGCACGCACAUCACAGUUUGCUCCAACAUACCAGAUCCAGUCUACUUGGCUAGAUGACACCAUAAAUGCGGUGGUUGCUGGGCUGAAUACAGCUGUAUAUGUAAGGGACCUCACACCUCAUGCACCAAUCAGACGCCGGCGUAAGACUGGAACAUGCCGAAAGGGAACAAAAAAGGAAGCGCUCUCUGUUAAGGGUAAAAAAGGUCGUUCGACAAGACAUAGGAGGAAACGUAGAGUAAGGAGGGCUAAAUCCAAAAGGACACUGGUGGCUAAGAAGUUAACAACUCCUCGGAGCCGCAUUGCCAAUAGUCUCGGAUUGUCAAAGGACAAGAAGAACUGUUCACUUCCUACAGUUUGUCGCCCCUCAGAGCACACGCUAAGCAGCAUGCGAGCUGAUAUAGGUGCUGCAUCCCUUUCAAUCUACGGGGAUCCUUUUGACCUGGAUCCUUUUAUUGAUCGUGAAGAGGAUGAGCAAGAAGAAACAGUUAUGUCAUUGUUGGAGGCAAAGAGACGAGGGAUAUCUCAUUCUGCUUUUCGCUCUCACCAGCCUGUUGCUCGACCAGUCAGCACAGGUCUCUCAAGGCGGAGUAUGGAUGUUCCCCAAACUGGAGGUGUUGUGGAGGCAGCACCAAUGCCCGACCUCCUUGGUAGUAUUCUUUCAGGGCAAAGCCUGCUUUUGAUGGACAGCUCUGAUGUUUUCAUUAGUCGUGAUGGUUCCCUUAAAGCCUCUCAAUCAGCAGAAAGUUUGUCUACUUUGAAGUCAGAUUUAGGAAAGCCCAGCAGCUCCGAAGAAUCAAACGCUACUGCCUCGCCUGUGGUUUCAGACAGCCUAGGAGAAUGUUCUCUGUCUGAUCACUUCACCAGACAUCAAUCUGGACCUACUUAUGGCAACUUGAACAGACCUCUCUCCCAACGCUCCUCUCCGAUACCCUCAGAUGUCAACCAUAUGCAGCCGCCUCACUAUCCUGAUUUGCCACCUAGGGGUCAUUUGUGUUUCCAGCAGCCUCUUAAAAACCAAUCCUCACCAUCAUUUGGUAUUCAGAUUACCAAUGGAGUUUGCAGGGAAGGCACCACCUCUUCAUAUAAGGAGUCUGUCCUAAGCUCCUUUAGCAGAAAAACACUUCCAUCACAAUCUCAAAGUACCAAAGCAGCUACAAAGCCCGUGUGGGUGGAUGUGGACAUCCUCCCAAGGAUACCGAAAAUAAAACGAGACGCUGUAGAUGAUGGUAACAGGGACAUCAUUAAAAGCAAUUGUAGUUCUCCCACUGGUAGUAAUUCUGGCAUGCCUGAGACAGCCUUGAUCAACUUUGCAGGGGACAAAAACAGAGAUCGUCUUGCCCAACAAAGCAACAACACUGAACGCCAGUCACAAAAUCAAGGAGCUGGGUCCUCUAAACCGUUCUCCAACUCUUUCUCUUUUUCCUCCUCCACUUUCUCUCCUACACCACUUUCCAAUUCCUCAGUAUCAUCUUCAUCAUCCAUAAGCUUCCGCAUUAAUGCCAGUGGGAACUCAUGGCAUUCACGACGGCUCAGCCUCUCAUCAUCAUCUGCUAGUGGAAGCAACACACAGGGGGACAGGAAAGAGAAGAUGGAUGAAGCAAAGAAGAGAAAAGCGCACAGAGACAAACAGAAGCUGUUGCGGUCACGCACAACUCAAAGUAACAAACAAGACUUCAGUAUCUAUGACCCUUUUAAUCCAACUAUGUCAGACUCAAGUGGUUCUGACAGUGAAGGUGAGAGCUUGGGCACCAGGUGUCACCAACUUCGUGCAGCUCAUUCAGCGUUCACUCAAUAUAUAGCACAAAGUGAGCAGAAACUGGUUCAGGCGAAAACAAAAUCAUGUGCGAGUGAAGCCUCCCAAGGAGAACCAAGAGAAUCAGAGACUCCAUCACGGGUGGUCCAUUUCGCUUCAGGAAUUCUCAAAGUUGAAAAAAAUUCAAUGUUGGUGGAUGCAAAGACUGUUAACCGAUCAGCACAGAGUGGCAUCCAGGUAAAGAAGGAGCCAAGAAAGAAUGUUUUUGCACACAGUGAGAGUGAUUCUUCAGGUUCACAGACACCAACUUUUAUUUCACCUGUUCAACACAGUCUGGGCCAUAUAAAGCCAGAGGAGGAAAUUGCUCAGAGUGCCAUUAGUUCCCAAAAUGUUCCCAACAACAAAAAAAUUGAUUAUUUGAACUUAUGUUCUAUCAAGGUAAAAUUGAAGGAAGAAAUCAAAUCUGAUCCCGGGUCUACUCCAAGUGAUUUGGGCUGUGAAAAGAAAACUUCCACCACAGCAGUUCCAUCUAAAAAACAACACUCUACUUCAAGUAGCUCAGAAUCUGACAAAGGCAAGACUAAGAACUAUCUUGUCUCGAACCAGGGAGACCGGCAGAAGAAAGUGGACAAAAGGCGCUCAAGGUCACGAGAGAGAAGAAAGUGUUCAUUGUCACAAAGUUCUCAGUCCAAUUCUCCCAAGAGCGCCUGGAAAAAGAGACGACAGAGAUCUAGGUCCGGAUCCAGGGCGAGCAGUAGAGAGCGUUCAAGUAGGGAAAAAAAAGAACAAAAGAGCCGGGAAAGAACUCAUGGUAACGAAAGUAGCCGGGAGAGAACGGUGUACAGUGAUAGGACAUAUCAUCAGUCUCGGUCUAGAUCACGGUCCAGAGGUAGAUACAAGGACCAGAGAUGUGGACGGUCCCGCUCUAAAUCCCCGUCAUCAGCAUACAAGUCCAGAUCCAAGGAAAGAAGGAAAGAGCACAUGCACUCGUGGCAUGAACUAAAGCCUCAACUGAAAAACAGAAGGAGACCCAGGUCUAGAUCAAGUUCAAGAGAGCGAAGGAAAGUGGGUGGUCCAUUCAAAACCUUCCCCCAAAAUACAACAGAGUCAUGUUUUUUAUCCACAAAAUAUCACAAGGACCCUAAACAAGAGGAUAAAGUCUCCCUAAGCGCUGUAAAAAAAGAAGAAAUUGCUGAAGUAAAAAAACACAUUUCAGAACCUACCUUUGCUGCUAAAGUUAAAAAUAAAGAUGACAGUGAAGAUAAUAUGGCCACUUCUUCAGUAAUGAAGAAAGAAAUACAAGAAAUUAAAGAGGUGAAGAAAGAAGAGCUACAAUCUAUAGAUAUGUUCCAACAUUCUCCCAUCUCCACACACAUUAAGGAAGAAGAAGAGACUCCCUAUGGAAUGAAAGAAGAGCCCAUUAUGAUAGAAGUGUGUAAAAUGACCGAGACACAAGGCGUUUGUGAAAACAUUCAAAUCAAAGCAGAGCCUGUGUCCUUAGACUUGUCAGUCACCUCGCCUCAAACCAUAAGUAGUCACCAGGAGGCACCUAAUCACUUUCAGCCCGAUGUCAAGGCCCCAGUUGACCAGGCAAACAUAAUUGAGCUUAAUGCCCCCGUGAAGCAGCCCCCAAUAUCUGAUGAAGACAUCUCCAUUGAUGUGGUGCAUGAGAGCCUUGACUGUGUGAAGCAAGAACUCACCGAGGACAUUAGUGCCAAUAUCAAACAGGAAGACACCAGACAGGAAGGGACGACUGAGGCAGAACAGCUGUCGGCUGCAUCAAAAGUUAAGAUUCAAGGGAAGAGGGUGACCUGGAAUAUACAAGAGCCUGAUGGAGUGCAACCAGACAAGUCUUUGAGCAAGCUGGCUUUGAAUAAAAGAAAGCUAAAACAGGAGGUAGCUCACAGACCUUCAUCUAAUACCCCUGAUCAGGACACAAUUGGACCUGGUUCAGUCAGUGAUUCAUCCAAGGGCGACAGUGCUACUCUACUGACUGGCACUGGCUGUCAAGCGUAUUUAAAGAAACUUCAUAUGCAAGAGAGAGCUGUUGAAGAGGUCAAACUAGCCAUCAAACCUUUCUACCAGAAGCGAAAAAUCACCAAGGAGGAAUAUAAAGAGAUUUUACGCAAAGCUGUGCGAAAGGUGUGCCACAGCAAGAGUGGGGAAAUAAACCCAGUGAAGGUGGCCAAUCUGGUCAAGGCUUAUGUUCAGAAGUACAAAUAUGCUCGGAAACACCAGAAAUCUGAGACCGAGGCCAUAAAGGUGACUGACAGCAACUGAUCCACGUCCUAUCAACUCUUAUUCACUUUUUCACCAGAGAGGGUCUGGUAGAAAGAUUCCAUGUUUUUCAUCACAAUGGACAGAUUUUUGUCUUUUGCUGGGAUGCAAGUGAAGAACUUUUCUUUUCAUGUACAGCCCAAGUUGUACUUUUAAAAGACUUUUCCCCAAGGUAGUACUGUCCACUGAUUCCUUGCUCACAUUUAAUGGUGACGAAUCACCAUCCGUAACCUUUUGUUACUAAAAUAUAUAUCAGUGGUCAAAACUGAACUAUUGGUUUACAGGCAUGUUUUAUGUUGGUAUUUAAAAU